AAUGAACACCCAGUGACAUUUUUCCACAUUAAUUCAUAAUUAGUUCAGGUCGUGCAAAUAAGGCCAGUUUCGAAUCUAUUUCACCGAAAUACAGCAUUUGGAAAGAUAACUUUAAACUUAGGACACGGUUAGUAAGACUCCGAAAACACUCCACAAUGGUGCAAGAUACCAAUCUGAUCUGUCCACGUAUCUACAACGCAUGCCGUCUCUGCAAAAUCCGGGGUAACCAGUUAAACAAAAUCGACAAAAAUAUUUCGGCUAAAAUCUACGAAUGCACUACCUUACAGAUAAUUUCGACCCCCCAGUGCAAGGCAUUCAUCUGCGAUGGUUGCAAAGCUAAAAUCGACGAGCACUACCAGUUCAAGAUGCAGUGCAUCCGCAACGUGAACCUGCAGCGCUUCAAUGGUCCGAUUCAGGCCGCUCUGGCAGCAUCGGCAGUAGCAGGUGGGGCAAGCUCCAGUAGUAGUGGUGCUCCCGUGACCCCGGCAGCUACAGCAGAAAGCAAUCUGGCUGCGACAACUGCCGUUCCACUGAACACCAGCCCGGUGAUGGAGGGUGCUGCGUCUUCCGGAAGUACCAGCAAACAGUGAACUCAUCAUCAAGUGCAUGCUUUUUCUGAGAAACACCCAUAACUUGCAGAAGAGUCUUCUAACGAUCGAUCCCGGGGACCAACCUCCAGUUGAGUGGUUGUCCAGCAAAUUUUCUUUUGUAUCAUAUAUUAACCCCCUUCCCCCCUUUAUACAUAUUAUCCACCCAGAUAUUAUCGUUAUAGCGUUUUCCCCCGUUUUCGGAUUGUGUGGCAGCAUUGGCCACGCAUCUAUCCUAGAUCGUUUCUCAAAGAAAAAAUCUGUUCGAUAUUGUGAUAUGUUGGAUUUAGGGUGGGUUCGCUCGCAACCGGUUGCAUGUUUCCGAAUUGUUUAAUCCUUUCUCUAGUCUGAAGCCCCGUCGUCGUCGUCGUCAUCGUCGAUGUUCCGCGCCGGGUUUAAGAAACAUUGUGCCGGCGGCGCGUGCCAAAACCAAAAACAAACAAAAUGAAAAAGCGAAACAAACAAACGAACUGUACAUAGAAUCAGUGGAGAUUUUUUUUUUUCAAGAGCUUUUUAGUCGUAUAAGCAACCGUGUAUUUAACCUGAGUUUGUGAGAAAUAAAGUUUUGUUAUAACCUUACUA